UACUACAUACUGACAUAAAACGAGAUUUAUCUACCGGGAUAAGAUUAAAGCGUCAAAAAUUGAUCACAAUUUUUUAUACCUUUUAUCGUGUAUAAGGAGUGUAAGUAAUCUACUUUUGUGUUGAGGCUUGUUUAGACCCAGAAUUUCAAACAUGAAUACGAUGGGCACUUGCGAAUUAGCUGAUAGAGCAUUUUAGUAUUAUUGUUAAGGUUUUGUCGGUUGCAAGGAUAGUUAUUCGUUAACCUUAUCGUAUAUCGAUUAUUUGUUUGAUUAGUUAUUAGUUAGAAAAUACGAUUCGAACAGCAUUGCCGAAAAGGUACAGUACGCUUAACAGCAUGUAUGUACUGAACAAAUUGUCACACAGCCCCGAUUACGUGGAAUAGAAUAAUAGAUAACUAACAAUCUUCAUUAUGUUUAUAACUAGAAAACGUUUGUAUCAUUGUGAAAGCUUACAAUAAAAGUUGUACAAUAAUUCAGUGCAAAAAUGUACUUACAAAAUUGUGAAAGGGUGAACUUGAAGGAAUCACGUGAAUCUAAGUUGAACUUUACAAGAAUAGUCAUUAUCAUAAUGGCCGGAGUUUGUAUUGUCGGUACUUUGCAAUUGUACACAAAAACUUCUUUAAUUCCAUCAGAUUCAACCACAAAAAGAAGUCUAACACGAAUAGAACAAUCGUUACAGAUUACUCGAAUCGAAACAAUUUCCAAGAAAGGCUUCGGGAGUUAUGGAAUAUCCCUGAAAUUUCGUAUGAGAAAAAUCCCUCCUGGCAACACCACAUCAAACAUUAUUGGAUCCGAUAAACUACGGAUUGACGACAACAAUAACGAUAUUCGAAAUGUAUUCAGAUCGCAAGUAUGUCAAAACAAUACAGUUUGUAAAAGAAAACUGUCGCUUGAAAUUUUGACAUAUAUUUUCAAGAGGAUAAAUGACACCAGGUAUAAAAUACCUAACGUCGUUCAUUAUAUUUGGUUCGGUUGCGAAAGAGAGUUCGACUUCUACCAUUAUAUCAGUAUGCUGACUUCAAUCAGAAAUCUGAAACCAACUGCAAUAAUUUUGCAUUCUGAUUGUGAACCUAGUGGCCUGUGGUGGGAGAGGAUCAGGAAGUACCAAAAAGUUUAUGCAGUUUUUCAUUCACCGCCUACGAAGAUUUAUGAACACCAAUUGCAUCGCGUUCAUCACCAAGCGGAUGUUGCAAGACUUGAUAUACUGCUGAAAUGGGGAGGAAUUUAUUUAGACGAUACUGUCCUUGUUGUGAAAUCUUUUGAUACUUUGAGAAAUUAUUCUGCUGUUUUACCAUUCCAGGAGCACGGGCUGUUGAACAACGGUGUAAUUUUGAGCGAGCGUAAUUCCUCAUUUCUGCAAAGGUGGAGAACGGAAAGUUACAAAGAUUAUAGGGAACAAUCAUGGGCAUACAAUUCAUGUCGAUAUCCAUGGAGAUUAUGGGUGUCAAAUGAAACGUCCGACAUCCACGUCGAAAUGACAUCAUUUCUUCCGAAAUGGGAUGGCUGGAAAUCGGUGUUUUUAAUGAAGUAUCCCUAUGAAAAAAACUACGCGAUCCACCUAUGGACACAUCCUAUUAAAAGACUGAAGGUGGAAUUCAAAUAUCCUGGUGCCAUCAAAACGAUGGACACAACAUUUGGUGAGAUUGCAAGAAAAGCACUGUAUAAUACAACAAAUUUCAUGUCACAUCGGUUAACAUAGAUUUGAUGGCAUAAUUUGGAAAGAAAUGAAAGGACAAAUCACUAAACAAAAUGAAGAUAAAAAUAUUUCUAAUUUAUAUUUUCUACCUCAAACACUUACUGUUACUGAGACAUAAGCCGACAAGGUUGUACUUUCGACCACAUAUUUAUCGCCAUCAAAUUUUUAUUAAAAUAUAGUGUCAUGUAAUGAA